AUGGCCGUCGCCUGUGCACACAUGUUCAACGUUAUCAAGUCGGACAACACCUUGGUCCAGUGGGUGUGUCACCUAUGCCGCUCUGGCCCCCACUGGGCCAUCUUCGAGUGUGCCUAUUGCAAGCUGCAGCUGUGCCGGGCUUGCACGCACUCCAGCUGA